UACUCGGUGGUAGGGCUUCCAGCCGCCUGGCUUCUGGGCGCCGCCAUGUUGGCAGAGGAGGGCUCGAGCCAUGGCUGCGGGAGCGGGAUUCCGCACGGGAGCGGAACCAGCUCUGCCCGGGAGAUGCUGGAAGUGCGGCCUGGGCUGUACCUGGGUGGGGCGGCGGCAGUCGCAGAGCCGCAUUAUUUGAAGGAGGCCGGCAUCUCUGCCGUGUUGACGGUGGACUCAGAACCUGGUUUCAAGGAGGGGGCUGGGUUCGAAGGUCUACGGAGCCUCUUCGUGCCAGCCCUGGACAAACCCGAGACCGACUUGCUCAGCCAUCUGGAUCGGUGCGUGGCCUUCAUCAGCCAGGCCCGCUCGGAGGGCCGUGCGGUGUUGGUGCACUGCCAUGCAGGCAUCAGUCGAAGUGUUGCUAUAGUGACUGCUUUUUUGAUGAAGACUGACCAUCUUACCUUUGAAAAAGCCUAUGAAAAUCUACAGACUAUCAAACCUGAAGCUAAGAUGAAUGAGGGGUUUGAAUAUCAACUGAAAUUAUACCAGGCAAUGGGAUAUGAAGUGGAUACCUCUAGUGCAAUUUAUAAGCAGUAUCGUUUACAAAAGGUUACAGAGAAGUAUCCAGAAUUGCAAAAUUUACCUCAAGAACUCUUUGCUGUUGACCCAACUACCAUUUCACAAGGAUUAAAAGAUGAAGUUCUCUACAAAUGUAGAAAAUGCAGGCGAUCCUUAUUUCGAAGUUCUAGCAUUUUGGAUCAUAACGAAGGAAGUAGGCCUAUAGCCUUUGCCCACAAGAGAAUGACACCAUCUUUCAUGCUUGCCACAGGGAAUCAGGCUCAAUGUACAUCUUAUUUCAUUGAACCUGUACAGUGGAUGGAAUCCACUUUGUUGGGAGUGAUGGAUGGGCAGCUUCUUUGCCCAAAAUGCAGUGCCAAGUUGGGAUCCUUUAAUUGGUAUGGUGAACAGUGCUCAUGUGGUAGAUGGAUAACACCUGCCUUUCAAAUACAUAAGAAUAGAGUGGAUGAAAUGAAAAUGCUGCCAGUUUUGGGAUCACAAACAAGAAAAUUAUGAACUUGCUUGGAAAUAAAUUUGUUGGUGAUAUGUGCCCCCCUUGCUUAUUAUCAUUCAYGGCAGUUUUUAGGCCAGUAUUUCAUUUGGAAUGUGAGAAGAUAAAAUCACUUGAUGUAACGUGGAAACUAUACUUUGUUAGCUUAUUACAUGACAUAGGUGGAAUACUUUACAUGGAAAUCAAAGCUUUUUAAUCAUGGAAAUUUUAUUUGACUUGAUAUUAAAGUCUUUUGUAACCUGGAUAUGUUCUUUGUUUCAUAUAGAAUUUAUUUAUUUAUAUACUUAUUUAGUGGUGCUGAAGAUCAACUCCAGGGCCUUG